GAAAUUAUAGGACACCCGUAUGAUUCUUUCUUUUCGUUUUCUAAAAAAAUACCCACCAAUGCAACUCGCCUUGGAUGUACCCUUGUUAUUUUAAAGAUUUGUGGAAUGUGUAGCAUGCAAAUAUUGUGUAAAUUGUGAAUCCGCGACGUGUAAUUUGUAUUCAUUAUUGAAUAAAAUCUAUUAAACGGUGGGUAACCAUGCUGCGGUUUAUAUAGUUGAACAGAAGUGUCUUAUAUUGGAAAUGGACGAAAAGGAUAAAUCUCAACAAAACAUGAUAUCAAAUCUGCCACUUUUGUUUGCCAACGGGUAUCCGACAUCCCUUGAGAAAAUUACGGAACCACAAUUGGAGAAUUUUAUACCAUUUAUGGUGCAAUGUUCUUUGGGACACAUUAAUCUUCCAAAGAAAAUUGAUUGCAGUGAGCCCGAAUGGUGGCCAGAAAAUGCUCCAUUUGGUAUACCAUUAAAAAAACCCAAACAUUUUGUUGGCAGUUGGAUGGACAAAAUGAAGGAAAUUGUGGUCAUUUGCUAUCAAUUUCAUAAAAGUCUUUUCCUUUUACGAUUUUGUAAUGAUCUAGCAUCUUAUGAGCAUGCAAGUUUAAGAUUUAUCAAUAAUUACAACUCAACAACAUCGCUGUAUGAUAGGAGAAAUAACAAACUAUUGGUAACAUUUCGAAAUGAAAACAUGUCGUAUGAUAGACAGCAAAAAAGUAGAAAAUGUUUAUUGCUUCAGAAAAAUUUGAGUGAUUCACAUAAUGAUAAUAUACAACAUAUGAUGGUUGAGCCACCGCCGUUCGAUAUUUAUCUUUGCGAUAACUGUGAUGCCGAACUUUAUUCCAAGGAAGCUAUAUUGGAACACGAAAAUAUUUGCAAUAUGGAAGAUGAUGUAAUACUUUGCGACUCUCCAGAACCAGAUAACAAAUGUGAAAGUAAAAACGAGAAUAAUGAUGAGUUGCGUAACGAAUUUUUACUCAAUUUUUGCCUUCAAUCAAAAAGUACUGAUCCUAAUUUACCAACUAAGCACACACAGAAACCCAAUUUUUCAAAUGAGGAAUUAGUUAAGGAUACAUCAAGCAAAAAUCGUCGAAUUUCAUCGAGACGAAAUCGUAAUGUACAUUCAUUUAAUCGAUGUUCAUUCAUACCAGUAUCAUCGCCAGCGGGACAGCAAUUACUUAAAUCGACAAAACAGCCAAUAUCAUUGGAAUAUGUUUUAGAGAGAUUCGAACGUCUUGAUCGAUUUUGCUAUACCCCAUUAGUUGUUAAAUCCAGUUGUAAACAGAAACCAUUUGAAAAGAAAUCAAAUUUAAGCAAUGUACAUUGUACUUUUAAAAAAUCACAUGAACACAAUUUGCAUAUCUAUUCGUUUCCGCGUCGUCAGUUUGCACAACGUAGGGAUACGACACAGAAUUUUUUGUUUUUAAAUUCACCCUUAAUUAAACAGUGCCGUCCAAUCUCAGUUAGAUUAAAAAAGAUAUCCGAUAAUGCAACUGGAGAGCCAAUUCCUAUAACAAAUACAAAACUAAAUAUAAGGCUAACACGAGAUACUUCAUUGAAUUCCCAUUGGAGAAUUUCACCAUCAUCGGAGGUUAUUGUGGAUACAAUUGAUUUGUGUUCCUCGGACGAUGAAGAGCAAAUGACAACGAUAUCAUCAACUCCGCAGGUUAUUAAUUCCGACGGAUUAACCAUAAUAUCCGUAUCACAUAAAAGCAAAAAGGCUAAAAGAACAACAUCUUGUGAUGAUAAUGCUGAACCUGAAUUAACAUCAGUAAGGCAACAAAUCUGCAAUAGCAUCAGUACCAGCACCAGCAGCAGCACCAGCAGCAGCACCAACAUCAGCGCCGAUGACCCACUUGCUGGGCAAUCAAGUUGUUCAACAUUAUCAUUAUCUGAUGACAAUUUAAUAAAACCGCUGCAACAGUCAGUUUACAUAUUUUCCAAUUAUAAAACAAAUUCAGUAUUUAAUCGUUGUGCUGUAGAUACGAAAACAAAUGUUUCAGUUGUGAGAGCACUGAAUACGACCAAUACAUUUACAUCCGAGAGUUCAGCACAGCCUAAAGAACAUAAUCAGGAAAAUUGUACUAGUAGUAGUAGUAGUAGUAUGCCAAAGAAAUUAAUAGCCGUCACUGACUGGUAUGCUCAUCAUCACACAACGAACUCCGAGAAGGGUUCAAUCAAUCAAACGGAUAAUAUUGCUUUUGAGAAUAUAUCCGUUGUGCAGCCUUUUAAUAGUACUGGGCGUAUAAUUUCUAUUGAUUUAACAACCUAGACACUUCAAAAUGAUUAUAUAUAUAAUUAAAAAUAAUAUUAAUUAAGUUAAUCGAAUUAGAAUAUUGUUAUUUUUAUGAAUAAAUAAAAUUUAUAUUUAACUUGAAA